CGGAGCUCUUCACUUCAAUCUCAAACACUCUACGAGGAGAAAGGAUAGGCAGCAACCGUGCCGCACAGCGCAAGAGACACACAACAACAGAACGAAUGGCUUUCACUGUGCGCCACACGGCAGCUUCUGUCCUGAUCUGGAUUUCAACAUUUGUUUAUUCAGCACGGAUAUAUCCUCCAAAUGAAGUAACGUUGCUAGAUUCCAGAACAGUACAAGGGGAAUUAAAAUGGGUUGCGAGUCCAACUGAAGGUGGGUGGGAGGAGGUCAGUAUCAUGGAUGAGAAGAACACGCCCAUCCGCACUUACCAGGUGUGCAACGUGAUGGAGCCCAGCCAGAACAACUGGCUCCGGACUGACUGGAUCGCCCGCGGCGGGGCGCAGCGGGUCUACAUCGAGAUCAAGUUCACCCUGCGGGACUGCAACAGCCUGCCCGGCGUGAUGGGCACCUGCAAGGAGACCUUCAACCUCUACUACUACGAGUCCAACACCGACAAGGAGCGCUACAUCCGCGAGAGCCAGUUCGCCAAGAUAGACACGGUGGCCGCCGACGAGAGCUUCACCCAGGUGGACAUCGGCGACCGCAUCAUGAAGCUGAACACGGAGGUGCGGGACGUGGGGGCUCUGACGCGGAAGGGCUUCUACCUGGCCUUCCAGGACGUGGGCGCCUGCAUCGCCCUGGUGUCCGUCCGGGUGUUUUACAAGAAGUGCCCCCUGACCGUGCGCAACCUGGCCCAGUUCCCCGACACCGUCACCGGGGCCGACACCUCCUCCCUGGUGGAGGUGCGGGGCUCCUGCGUCGACAACUCUGAGGAGCGGGACGUGCCCAAGAUGUACUGCGGGGCGGACGGCGAGUGGCUGGUGCCCAUUGGGAACUGCCUCUGUAGCCCCGGGUUCGAGGUGCGCAGCGGGGCUUGCCAAGCCUGCAGGAUGGGGUACUACAGGGCCCUGGCGACAGACGGCAGCUGUUCUAAGUGUCCCCUGCACAGCUACUCCGUCCGCGAAGGCUCCACCUCCUGCAACUGCGACAAGGGCUACUUCCGCUCGGAGACCGACCCCGCCUCCAUGCCCUGCACACGACCCCCCUCGGCCCCCAUGCACCUCAUCUCCAACGUGAACGAGACGUCGGUGAACCUGGAGUGGAGCCCGCCCAUGUCCAACGGGGGCCGGCAGGACCUGAGCUACAACGUGGUGUGCAAGCUGUGCGGGGCGGAGCCUCGCCAGUGUCUGCCCUGCGACAGCAGCGUCCACUUCUCCCCCCAGCAGCUCAGCCUGAGGGGCACGCGCGUCUCCAUCAACGACCUGCAGGCCCACACCAACUACACCUUCGAGAUCUGGGCCGUCAACGGCGUCUCCAAGCAGAGCCCCGGGCGCGACCAGGCCGUCUCCGUCACCGUCACCACCAACCAGGCCGCUCCCUCCUCUGUAACCUCCCUCCAUGCCAAGGACAUCACCAGGCACAGCAUCUCCCUGGUCUGGCAGCAGCCCGAGAGGCCCAACGGGGUCAUUCUGGACUAUGAGGUCAAGUACUAUGAGAAGGACCAGAACGAGCGCAGCUACCGCAUCAUCAAGACCCUGUCCCGGAACGCCGAGAUCAAGGGCCUCAACCCCCUCACGUCCUACGUCUUCCACGUCCGCGCCCGCACGGCCGCCGGGUACGGCGAAUUCAGCGGCCCAUACGAGUUCAUGACCACCUCCGUUCCCUCUCCGAUCAUCGGCGAUGGAGCCAACUCCACUGUGCUGCUGGUGUCUGUCAUUGGGGGCGUGGUCCUGCUCCUCUUCAUCAUCGGCGCCUUCUUUAUCAGCAGGAGGAGGCGCAAGUACAGCAAGGCCAAGCAGGAUGCGGAGGAGGAGAAGCAUCUACACCCAGGUGUGCAGAUAUAUGUGGACCCCUUCACGUAUGAGGACCCCAACCAGGCUGUCCGGGAAUUUGCCAAAGAGAUCGACGCUUCCUGCAUCAAGAUCGAGAAGGUCAUUGGAAUCGGCGAGUUUGGCGAGGUCUGCAGCGGGCGCCUGAAGUUGCCGGGGAAGCGGGAGAUCUGCGUGGCCAUCAAGACUCUGAAAGUGGGCUACACCGACCAGCAGAGGCGGGACUUCCUGAGCGAGGCCAGCAUCAUGGGCCAGUUCGACCACCCCAACGUCAUCCGUCUGGAGGGCGUGGUCACCAAAUGUAAGCCUGUGAUGAUAAUCACCGAAUACAUGGAGAACGGCUCCCUGGACGCCUUCCUCAGGAAGAACGACGGGCGCUUCACGGUGAUCCAGCUGGUGGGCAUGCUGAGGGGCAUCGCCUCGGGCAUGAAGUACCUCUCCGACAUGAGCUACGUGCACCGGGACCUGGCCGCCAGGAACAUCCUGGUCAACAGCAACCUGGUGUGCAAGGUGUCUGACUUCGGGAUGUCCCGGGUGCUGGAGGACGACCCUGAGGCCACCUACACCACCAGGGGGGGUAAGAUCCCCAUCAGGUGGACCCCCCCAGAGGCCAUCGCCUACAGGAAGUUCACCUCCGCCUCUGACGUCUGGAGCUACGGGAUCGUCAUGUGGGAGGUGAUGUCGUAUGGAGAGCGGCCGUACUGGGACAUGAGCAACCAGGAUGUGAUCAAGGCCAUUGAGGAGGGGUACCGGCUGCCCCCGCCCAUGGACUGCCCCGUGGCCCUGCACCAGCUCAUGCUGGACUGCUGGCAGAGGGAGCGCGGCGAGAGGCCCAAGUUCAGCCAGAUCGUCAACAUGCUGGACAAGCUGAUCCGCAACCCGGGGAGCCUGAAGAGAACGGGAGGGGAGACCAGCCGACCCAACACCACCCUGCUGGACCCCAGCAGCCCCGAGUUCCCCUCCUGCCUGGGCUCCGUUGGCGGGUGGCUGCAGGCCAUCCACAUGGAGGGCUACCAGGACAACUUCGCCGCCGCCGGCUACACCACCCUGGGGGCCGUGGUGCACAUGACCCAGGAGGAUGUGGCCAGAAUAGGAAUCUCCUCAGCAGUGCACCAGGACCAAAUCCUGAACAGCAUCCAGGGAAUGCUGUCCCAAAUGCAACAGAUACAAGACAGGAUGGUUCCAGUCUGAGCCCCGUGAACCAUGUACAUGAAACAAUGGAACUAUUUACCUCAUCCAUGCACUUUAAAUGAAUAAAAUAAAUUAAAAAAAGAUUUAAAAAAGAAAAAAAAGGGAGGGAAGGAAAGGGGGAAAAGCAGCACUUUGAUAUUCUUUCAUUCCUUACUACUUAGACUUUUGGGAUAGAUCUGCGGUUCUGCUGUGGAAUGAAAGUCUGUCUGGAAAGCCACACUCGCCCAUAGCAUUUCAGUGGAAUUGGACACGUUUUCCCUGGAUAAUUCACCCGGACAUUGUCUUUAUUUCUAUCUUUGUGCCAGCAUAAAUCGAUCUUUGUAAAUUGUGCCAUAUAUAAUAGACUCUUUCAGCCGAGCCAGAUAACUUUACGAUCACAGUAAACGAAGCAGUUUUUUUCUUUUUGUUUUUUUGGUGUUGUGAUUGUUGCUUCCCUUGUGUAUGUUUUGAGCUGCAACAAAGCAUAUACCCUCAGGACUAACUGGACACAUUUUUAAUGAUAAACUCUGAACGCUCCCACCUUUUCCACCUGGUAACUGGAAUGUCUCAUCACAACCCCGGAAUCUGCCCGAGAGUUCUGACCUGAUUGGACAUUUUUAUGGAGCUUUUUGGAACAUGGAGGAUGGUGGCAGCAGAACUCUGGUCACUCUUUCUCUCCGUCUCUGUUCACCUGUCUCUGGAAUCCCUUCUGAAUUUUCACAACACGGUGGUUUUUAUUGGUUGAGAAACAAAAGAUGCCUUAUUCAUGGAAGACCCAUCAUUGUUGAGUUCAUCAUUGUAUAAAUGUCCGAACCAAUGACUGGAGCCCGUUAGCAUCAAAACCUCGAUCUCACCGGCUGUUCUCGAAACACAAGGCAAACUCCACAAUGACUGGAAGUGAAGCCUCCAUCUUCAUCCUCUGGAUACUGCUUGCUUCUCCAAUUCCAAACUGUUCCAACGAUUUCCCAUGAUGCCACAGGUCCACGUAGAAUGUAGAGAAGAAAGAAAUGUAUCAUUUUCAGGUUCACAGCUUGCCAGAACCUAUUCCUAUGUAUAUGUAAACACAGAUUCUGCAGAUUUGGGGGUUUUUUUUGUACUUUUUUUUUUUUGCUUAAUUUUUAUUAUGUUUACAUAAAACAGAAGUGGUGUGUGUGUGUGUGUUUGUUUGUGUGCGCGCGCAUCUUGUGAACACAGUCAUGCUCUCUUUUUCCAUUGUGGAUUACGUUGAAGAAAAAAAUCUAAAAAGAUGAAAAAAGAACUUGGAUUGAUUAUUCAUUUAAAAAACAACAACACGGUACGUUGCUCCAUAUCCUUUGAUGCAUCCAGGAAAGACAUCAUAGAUGCAAUGAAAUCACUAUGUGAAGAAAAUGAAAUGGAUGUGCUUUUUGCUCCCACUAUGAAGGAAAGACCCUGGGAAAUUGUGUUCAUAGCAAUGUAGUCUCUCCGCAGGGGUAGGAAUUAGUGACAGUCCCCACACUUUGCCCAACCCCCACCCCCCAACAUAACAUUUGCCCUUUGCAGUGGCACCAAUGGUCCACAGGAAAGAAAUGUGGCGUAAUGGAGAAAAAAGACAUUAGAGAUUUUGUGAGGCAAAACGUUAGCCGUCAGUGACACGCAUUUUUGUAGUUCCCAUACUAUUUAUCAUGUGUGACCAAGAAGCAGAAGAAACAAUAGGGAAGUAUACUGUAUAGGUUAUGGGUUGUCACUUCAAGAACUGAUCUGCAGUCAUUUUGACUGGUGAACCUUAUGUGACUUUUGGUCAUUUGGUACUAAGACCAUGGACCAUAUUUGGGCAUAAACACAUCUUUUUAGGUCAGCUGUGAAACACAGCCCAGCUAUAGGGGUUUAAAAUAAAAGACAUUGAACCACUUUUUGAGUUCCAAGACAAAGAAGAAUGAAUUAAAGUUGGGCACAUAUGUACAUUAAGGUAUAUUAGUUUAAAGUACAGUAUAUGCAGGAAUGCUUUGGGGAAAUAUUGUGCUACAUGUUUGUCAUCUGAUUAUCUUAUCUAUUUUUUUUGUUUUUGUUUUUAUCUUAUUUUCAUCAAAUGCUGGUCAAGACAGUUUAUUUAAGGUAUGCAUUUGUUUUUGUUAUACAUUUAAUGGUCUCGUGCCAGUUCAAUGUUCAGUUGAGUUUUAUUUAGCUUUCAACUUGAUUUUAACCUGCAUGUACUGUCAGAGCAGAGAGGUGUGUUUUGUACAAUGCAUUUCAAUUGAAUUUUAUCAUAUGAAAAAGUUUAACUAAAACAAGAUUUUAUUUUGUUGUGUGAAUCCAGGUGCCAUAUGACCCACUCAUGUAGAUUAACAUUGUUUUGCAUUUCUAACCUUACUGUUGAUUUUUUUUUUCUCAUGAAUUUAGGUACAUUGUAAAUUAUGUCAUUUAUUUAUGGUCUUUUAUAUCUAGUUUGUAAAUUGUAAAAUAGCAAAAUGAGGAAAAAUAAAGGUCUGCCAAGUGUGUUCUUA